CCCAUUCCUCCCUCUAGUCUCUCUCAAGUCUCAACUGCUCCCCCAAACAUUAUCCCCGAUUAAUCCUAACCCUGCUUUUUCCCACUCUUCAACCUCCGCUGCGCCUUCUCCUACACCCCAUACCUGCGGAGACAGACAAACAGAAUUGCACCGGCCAUCGCUUUCUUCCGCAGGUCUGCUUUCCUCUCGCCUCCGGGGAAUUGCGACCUUGUAACCUGCUUUGCGCCCCGGUCGAUUGCAUCAACCACUAUCAUCAUCGGGGUCGAUCACCACCUCAGUCCUCUGUGCGGUGUGCCUAAAACAGUACUCGCACAACCUGGGCGCGGUCGCCAUCGCAGUCGCAUACGCAUACGUACACGCAUACGAACCUCUUCAUACCGUACCUUCUUCCAAUCCUCGCGGAUUCUCGCAAUCGCAGCUCAUGUGCUCGCCUCCCCCGCCCUGCUGUUCCCACUUGCGCGCCUCUCGAUACUCGGGCCUCUCGCAGAAUGUCUCCCUCCGCCAGCUCACACCCCGCCGCCGUCGCCGCACAAUAUGCGAGACCAAGGAUCCAGCGGCGGUCGUUGGGGACUGGGUCGAUUGAGCGCACAUCUUUCAGCGGGUCUGAAAAAUCAUUAUUGCGGCAACAGGAGGACGAUGGCUAUACUUCUGGAGAUGUAACAUGUUGGGAGAGUGGCAUCGAAAGUGUUCGACAUGGUAAUGAGGAGGAUAGGGAAGCUAUUACUGGGCUAAUGGAAGAUAUAUGUUGUGCUCUCGACCGGCUGGAACGCCGCGACAUGGACAAAGGAAAAAGACGAAGACCUCGGGGUCCCCAAAUCUCGAUUCACAACCUCUCAACUGGCAUAUCCGGGCCUCUUCCGCCGCCACCAGUGCCCGCACCAGGACUUUGGACACAAACAUCCCAUAGCGAUGAAAUUACCCCACCGCCAUCCUACGAUGAAACAAUCGCAGACCUACCGCCCGACUACACCACUACCGAUGCUUUGGCUUACGCCCAAACACCAAGCUACACACCAUUCCCAUCCCUCGACCCUUCCAUCUGCUCAGAUGCCCCCAACUGCUUGCGGAUAAGCUGCGAUACCUCUCCUAGCUCCUCCUUGUUCUUCGACGAGAAAUCUUUAUAUGCGGAUAUCGACUUCGGCUUUAUCGAAGACGGUGUCAAAUCGCAUGCGAAGAAGAAGAAGGGAAAGGCGGCGCAGGCGCCACCUCCGCCACCUGUUGAGGAAAAGAAGGAACCAGAUCCACCACCUGCAGAUGAUGGAGGUGGGGGAGGUGACCCUCCGGCCGACGGCGGAGACGGUGGUGCAGGGGGUGGUGGUGAUGGCGGGGAUGGUGGAGGGGACAAGGGCGGAGAUGGAGGUGGUGGGGGAGGGGAUGAAAACGGGGAUGCAGCACCUGUAGAGGCCACAGGGAAGAAGAAGAAAAAGAAAGGUAAGAAGGCACAGGAAGAAGAGGAGGAGGCAGAGCGGAAGAGAAAAGAAGAGGAGGAGGAGGCCGAGCGGAAGAAGAAAGAGGAGGAGGAGGAGGCAGAACGGAAGAGACUGGAGGAAGAGGAGGCCGAGCGCAAGAGAAAGGAGGAGGAGGAGGAAGCCGAGCGCAAGAAGAAGGAAGAGGAGGAUGCAGCCGCAGCAGCCGCCGCCGCUGCGGAAGCCGCCAAAGCUGCCGCCGCGGACGAUUGGGGAGCGGUGGCCACUACGGGGAAGAAGAAGAAGAAAAAGGGGAAGGCGGCGGCAGCUGACCCAGUACCGCCUCCACCCCCUCCUGAACCAGUCGCACCACCACCCCCAACAACAUUCGACGAGAUCAACCUCAACGACGAAUCUGCGCCUAAGAUUGAUAUGAAUUUUGAGGAUUCCGGAAAUACUAAAUCAUCAGGUUUCUUUGGCGGCGGUCUAAGUAGUUGGGCUUCCGGCUGGGGUUCUAAGACAAGUAGCUGGCUAGACGGCGAUCAGAAAGACAAAGAGGCAGGUAAAGACGGGAAUCCCUGGGGAUCCGAGGACAGCAAGAACAAGAAGGAGGGAUACGACUUCAACUUUGACGACGCAUUUAAAGGUUCUAAGACUGAGGCAUCUAAGCCGGCUGAGGAAGAGAAGCCACCCGAGGACGACGCUUGGGGUUUCAGUUUUGGAAAUGCCCCCAAGGAUAAGAAGAAAAAGAAAAAGGGUGCUGCUGAAGAGCCUCCUCCACCCGAACCCGAACCCGUGAAAGAGCCAGAGAAGGCCCCGCAGGAAGACGAUGCUUGGGGUUCGUUCUCCUUUGGCAAUUCCACCAAGGAUAAGAAGAAAAAGAAGAAAGGUGGUGUUGAAGAACCUCCGCCCGAACCCGAGCCGGCCAAAGAACCGGACCCUGAACCCGUCAAUGAAGAUGAUGGGUGGGGUUCGUGGGGUGCCACCACCACGACCAAGAAAAAGAAGGGCAAGAAGGGUGCCAUAGAGGAGGAACCACCGCCACCACCUGAACCCGAACCCGCUCCCAUUGUAGAGGAAGUACCCAUCGAUGACGGUUGGGGAGCACUCACCUCUACAAGCAAAAAGAAGAAAAAGAAGGGCAAGGAUGCGGAACCAGAUCCCCCACCACCAGAGCCUGAACCCGUUGUAGAGCCUGAACCCGAACCCGAGCCGAUGCCCGAGCCUGAACCUCCGAAGGUCGAGGUUGUUGAUGAUGAGAGCUGGGCAAAAGGUAUGAGCAAGGGCCAGAAGAAGAAGGAGCUGAAGAGGAGAAAGGAUGCUCAAGAUGCCGCGGAGGCUGCAGCUAAGAUUGCUGGUGAAGAAGCUGCGGCUCGGGCAGCGGCGGAGGCAGAGGCAGAGGCGGAAGCAGCCGCUAAAGCUGAAGCUGAAGCCGCUGAGGCCGCUGCUGCAGAAGCUGCCGAAGCCGCCAAAGCUGCCGAAAACAAGAAGAAGGACGACGAUCUUUGGGGGGCUUCAGCAUGGGGCGCUACAGCCACCGAAAAGAAAAAGAAGAAGAAGAAAGGCAAGGAAGUAGAAGAGCCUCCACCACCAGAGCCUGAACCUGAGCCCGAACCUGAACCUGUCGAAGUGAAACCGGCCGAUGACGGCUGGGGCGAUUGGGGCGCAACGGACAAGAAGAAAAAGAAGAAAAAAGGCAAGGAUGUCGAGGAGGCACCCCCUCCACCGCCUGAACCCGAGCCCGCCCCGGUUGAAGAGCAGCCUGCCGAUGACGGUUGGGGUGAUUGGGGUGCUACCACGACUAGUGGCAAGAAAAAGAAGGGCAAGAAGGGAGUCGUGGAAGAACCUCCGCCACCAGCUGUACCUGAACCUGAGCCUGAACCAGUUGCUAAUCCUGAACCCGAACAAGAAAAGGAUGACGGCGACAGCUGGGGUUUCGGCAUCUGGGGAGGAAAGAAGAAGAAAAAGGCGAUAGAGGCGGCGCCUAUAGAACUUGAUCCCAUGGUUGAAGAUGCCUCCAUCGACGUUCAGGGCCCUGAUGGUGUUGAGGAACCCACAGGCGAAGAUGAUGACAACUUCGGUACUCGUUUUGGGAAGAAGAAAACCAAGAAGAGCUCCAAAGACAUGCCCAUUGAGGUCAAAGAAGAAGACUACUCAACUCCAGUUCAACAGCCGGACAUUGACGACCCUUGGGGCAGCGCAGCGCUCAACGUCGGCAAGAAAAUGAAGAAGAGUAAAAAGAACUCCCUUCUCUCCCCAUCGCCCGGCGACGAUCUACUCGACUUGCCGCCCAUGAAAGAGAUUGAAGCUCCGCCUCCUGCCGAGGAAGAGGUCGAUGACAUCUGGGGCGUACCGACCUCUUCUAAAAAGAAGAAAAAGAAGGGCGAAGAAGAUGGCGGUAAGCUUAGCAAGACGACUACCAAAGAUUCCACCUCCAAAUCUACCAAGUCUGCAAUGGACGAUCUGAUCAACUUGGACGAGCCACCAAUCGAAGAGGAGAAGGAGAAAGAGGAAAAGAAGGAGAAGAAGGAGAAGAAGAAAGAGAAAGAAGAGAGUGGCUGGGGUCUACUAGGAGGUCUCAAGUCGUCCAAGAAGGAGUCGUCAAAGGAAAAGAAGGCCCGCGAAAAGAAGGAGAAAGAGGAAGCCAAGGCGAAAGAGAAGGAGGAAGCCGAAGCUAGGGAGAAGGAAGAAGCUGAACGCCUUGAACGCGAAGCUCAAGAAGCUAAGGAGGCAGAAGAAGCCGCCGAAGCCGCUAGGAUCGCGGAAGAGGAGGCCGAGAAAGCCAGACUUGCAGCUGAAGAGGAGGAGAGGAGAAGAAAAGAGGAGGAAGAGGAAAAGAAGAGCAGUGGCUGGGGUGCUGCCCUUUGGGGGAAGAAGAAGGAAACGCCCAGGGCGAGGCGUGAGCGUGAAGCCAAAGAACAGGCGGAGCGCGAGGAACAAGAACGCCUCGAACGAGAAGAGAAGGAGCGUCUAGAGCGAGAAGAACAAGAACGCCUUGAACAAGAACGUCUGGAGCAGGAAAGAAUAGAGCGCGAGGCCAAGGAAGCCGAAGAGGCCGCCGCCGCUGCGAAAAAGAAGGAAGAGGAGAGCAGUGGUUGGGGCAGUAUCUGGGGCUCGAGUAAGAAGAAAGAAACCUCCAAAGAAAAGAGGGCUCGCGAGAAAAAGGAGGCCAAAGAGCGCGAGGAAGCGGAGAGAUUGGAGCGGGAGGCUAAAGAAGCUGCUGAAGCCGCCGAAGCCGCCGAGAAGGCUCAAAAGGAGGCUGAGGAGGCCGCAGCCGCUGAAGCUGCCGAAGCUGCAAGAAUUGCUGCUGAGAAAGAAGCCGCGGGGCCACCCAAGAGGCGAAAUAAGAUAAAGAGCAGGUUCCUUGACGACGACGUGCCACCCGUUACUUCGACACCUGACGACGAGCUAUUCAAUCUCGUCAAAGACGUCCCCGCGACAGAUCUUCUUGCGGAAUUCGAAAAGGAGGAACCCAAAAAGGACGACGCUGGUGGGAAUUUUUGGGGUAUCUCGCUGCGCAAGACCAAAAAGCCCGAAGUCAAACAGGACACCCUCUUUGAUAAGCCAUAUGACGGCCCUUCAUUACUAGACGAGGAGCCAAAAAGGUCCUUGGAUCUACUUGACGAUGCACCACCCCCAGUAUCACUCAAGAAGGCUGCGAAGGGAAGUCUAAUUCUCGACCGACUCAAGGCUUUGCAUGGUGAGCCGGUCGAUGAACCCAUACCCGAGGAACCACCAGCAGAACCAGAGCCGGAACCAGAGCCAGAGCCAGAGCCACCAGCUGUCGAGGUCAUCGAGGCUACACCCAAGAAGGAGAAGAAGGAGAAAAAGGACAAAAAAGAAAAGAAGGAGAAGAAGGAAAAAAGUAGCAAGAGCUCAAAGUCAAAGUCAAAGGAAGCUACCAUCGUGAUUCCAGAACCGGACCCUGAGCCAGCUGAACCUCCCAAAGUAUCGCCUGUUCCAGGUGGUUUCCCUGGAGACGACGAAGAUCUCAUGAACUUCGAGGAUGCUCUCCCAGAACAGGAACCUGAACCAGUCGUGGUAGACAAGAAAUCUAAGAAGCUCAAGAAGAGCAGCAAAUCUAGGUCUCUACCCGUUGAAGAAGCUCCGCCGCCUCCACCUCCUCCGCCUCCCGAGCCAGAAGUCGAGCCAGAGCCUGAACCUGUACUUGAAGCUGAGCCUGAGCCCGAGCCUGUCGUUGUUAAGGUCGACAAGAAGUCGAAAAAGCUCAAGAAUAGCAGCAAGUCAUCAAGAUCAAUGCCCAUUGAGGAAGAGCCUCCACCUCCGCCGCCACCGCCUCCUCCACCCAUUGAAGAGGAGCCGGAGCCAGAGCCGGAACCUGAGCCUGCGCCUAUCGAAGACGAACCUGAGUUCAUGGACGCAGAAGAGGGAGAUGCAGACAAACUUCCCACUCCCCCUCCAGAGGAAGUGAAAACAGAAUCGCCAAAGAAGGAUCGUACUAAAGUUGUUCGCAAUGCGACUGGAUCCUCAUGGGGUUUCUGGGGAGCUGCCACUGGAGCUGCAGCAGCAUCAUCUAAAAAGUCUACAAGAAAGGUGUCUGCCGAUGACAGUACCAGCGCUGCCGCAUCUCCUGCAAAACCAAAGCUCGAACGUACAAAGAGUGCGCGCGUUCCUUCGACAACGUCCGGGGGAGAGAGGGACAUGAUGUCGAGAUCGUCUGGAUCUAUCAAGGUAGCAAAGACUCCUUCAAGGAGUAAACCACAGCGUACUUCGACGGGCUUCGGCGCACUUUUUGGAGCACCACCGCCGCCAUCUCGCACCAAGUCGCGAAAGACAUCAGCGGCCACACCGAAGACCCUCUCGCGCCGAGCAUCGUUCGACGAGGAUGCGGCAAUGAUGUCGCCGCCCCAGACUGACACUGAACCAAAAGUGUCCACCAAGGCAGCAAAGGUAAUGGGAAUGCGAGGGUCAGCCAGCAGGCAUUCUAGCAGCACCAAAGACAAGGGCAAAUCAAGAGCUGUGCCGGAUCCCUACCCCCUCGACCCCCUCGACGAUGACAUGGACAUGCCAUUGGACGAGCCUGCGCCCCCCUCGCCAACUCCAGUUCCCAUGCAAGAGUCGUCGUCCCGCCGCCGGUCCAAGCGUGAUUCUGCUGCAGUUACCCCAGCUGAACCAUUGACUGCUCCUCCCAGUGCCGACGAUCCCGUUGACGUUGACAUCGACCCUAUGGAUACUGAACCUGUUGUUGUUGAACCUCCGCGCCGCGAGCGCAAUCGUCGUGAGCGCGGCUACUCUAAUACUAAAGACUCACUUGGUAGUGCCGGCGCAGCAGCAGCUGCUGCCGUGGCUGCAGGUGGACUGAUGAGUAGGUUCGGUUUCGGAAAGCGCAAGACAGCUCCACCGGAAGAAGACCGUCGCGACCGUCGCAGAACCGCCUACGAAACGGAAGACGAACGUAGGCGACGAAAACAAUCUUCGAACCGUGGCUUUGCGACCGAGGACGAGAAGCGUUUGCGCCACGACCGGCGAGGCGUUCGUCGCCAUUCCACGAUGCCUACACCCGAUGUGGACGUUCCUGAGGGCGUCGCCGGCGCGACCGGCAGUAACGAACUUGACCCCGAUCGCGAGGCAAGACGCGCAGAGCGCAGGGCACGACGACAUGCUGAGAGGGAAGGAGGUAUGAGCCGCAGUGGCGAUCUAGAAGACGUCGAGGCUCGAGCAGAACGUCGACGAGAACGCGAGCGCGAGAAGGAACGCACCGUCCUGGCUGAGAAGAAGGCCCGGCAGAUGGCAGAGCUUGAGCGUCGCAACAAGGAAGCUGAAGCUGAACUUCGCCGCAUGGAGGAGAAGAAGCAGCGCCGAGCCGCACGAUCGGAACGGAAGGUCCCCGAGGAACGAGAGCACCGUUCCCGCCGCAAGGAAAGCGUUCGCGAAGGCUCCCGUCCUCAUACUGAACGUCGCCGUUCUCACGCAGAAGAAGACCCAGAAGAACGUCGCCGUCGCCGCGAAGAACGACGAGCCUCGAAACGAGGCGACCCCGCAGCAGAACCCAUCAACGACUACUUCGACGAACGCAACGGUUCGGCCCAUCGCUCUCGCCACCGAAGCCGUCACGACCGCUCAAAGGAAGACGAGAACACCCCUUACCUGUCCAAGGGUGGCGACAAGACUUCAUCUUGGGUCGAGUCUCUUUCCAACGAACCCCCACUACCUGUCCCCGUCGCCGAAACCGUGCUCGACCCCGCCCCUGGCACUCGAGACGGGCCUGGUGGAUUGGGAGACGAAGAAUCUCCCUCGGCAGAUGAAGAGAUCCGCCGCAAGAUAAGGAAACAACAUAAGGAGCGCGAUCGGGGGGAGCGCGAGCGUGAGCGAGAAAAAGACCGCGACCGAGAGCGCGAUCGUAAACAUCACCGCCGACGCUCGUACUUCGAAGGCGCACCCGUUGACGAGGAGAGAGCGGAGAAGAAGAGCAGGAGGAAGACGUACGCGCCUGACGGGUACGGGGGCGAGGCACCGCCCGUUAGGACGUGGGACGGAAGGCCCGCGCCGCCCGUUGAGAACGCCGGCGGAAAGAGGGGAAGUUGGUUCAAGAAGAUAUUCUAAAGAAAGAACACGAGGACGAGUACGAUUUAUA